AUGUCAAGCCCUCAGGAAAUAUGGAGGCAGCUCCAAAUGAAGGCUGCGGAAGCAGGUAGAUCUGGUGGUCGUAUGCCCAAAGGUGUCGGUGGUGCCGGUACAGCUGCUGUUCUGAUUGGAGGAGCUGCUUGGGUUCUAAGUCAUUCUAUAUUCAAUGUUGAUGGUGGUCACAGGGCCAUAAAGUAUACGAGAAUAGGCGGAGUAGCCAAAGAUAUCUACUCUGAAGGCACACACAUCAAAAUCCCAUGGUUCGAGACUCCUAUUGAUUAUGAUGUACGAGCAAAGCCGCGUAAUGUAGCAUCUCUUACGGGUACGAAAGAUUUACAGAUGGUCAAUAUUACGUGUCGUGUACUCUCGAGACCAAGAAUCGAUGCUCUACCCCAAAUCUACCGAAACCUCGGUACGGAUUACGACGAAAGAAUUCUACCCUCUAUUGUCAACGAGGUGCUCAAAAGUGUCGUGGCACAAUUUAAUGCAAGUCAACUAAUCACACAGCGUGAGAAUGUUGCAAGACUAGUUCGGGAGAACUUAGCAAAGCGUGCAGCAAUUUUCAAUAUCAUGCUGGAUGACGUUUCAUUGACGCACCUUGCAUUUUCACCUGAAUUUACCGCAGCAGUAGAAGCCAAGCAAGUAGCGCAACAAGAAGCGCAACGAGCUGCUUUUGUUGUUGAGAAAGCUCGCCAAGAGAAGCAAGCUAUGGUUGUUCGGGCUCAGGGAGAAGCUCGAUCUGCCGAGUUGAUUGGAGAUGCUAUCAAGAAGAGUCGUUCUUACGUGGAUCUGAAGCGAAUUGAGAACGCCCGGGCAAUUGCACAGAUUUUGAAUGAUUCAGGUGGCAAGAAUAAAUUAUUUCUGGAUUCAGAGGGAUUAGGACUCAAUGUCUCUGAAAGUUACGAAAAAAAAGAUAAGUAG